CCGGGGAAGAGAGAAAGAGAGAUGAGCCGUUGUGAUCUUUCCGACGACAUUGGGCAAUCAGAAGACAGCCCAGAGCAGGUACUGACCGCCUCCACGUGGCUAAGAAAAAAGGGAACCGGGAUUCGGGCCUGGAUGGUGGUGGAUACAAUGGGCAAGGCGCAUGUGGUGGAAGCCGGGAAGCAUGCCAUCAUGCGCCGCACGGGUCUCCCCGCCCGAGACCUCCGGAUCCUCGACCCAAUUCUCUCCUACCCAUCAACCAUUCUAGGUCGUGAGAGGGCGAUCGUGAUCAAUCUGGAGCAUGUAAAAGCCAUAAUUACGGCUCAUGAGGUUCUUUUGCUGAAUUUGCGAGACCCAUCUGUAACUCCCUUUAUCGAGGAGCUCCAGAGGUGUCUUCUGAGUCACCACCACGCAUCUAAACAUCAGGAGGGCAAUGGUGAUGGUUCAAACGGGAAGAAUUUGUAUGAACUAGAUAUACCGCAUGAGUCAAGGGUGUCUGAGAAUCGAGAUGAGUCGAGUAAGGUGGAGGGGAAGCGUGACAUUGAGAAUCAAGAUGGAUCAGCAGUUCUUCCAUUUGAGUUUGUUGCAUUGGAGGCAUGCCUCGAGGCUGCUUGCAGUUGCUUAGAAACCGAAGCAAGGACGUUGGAUCAGGAGGCUAAUUCUGCGUUAGAUAAGCUGACUUCAACGAUUAGUACUCUCAAUUUGGACCGUGUUCGCCAUAUUAAAAGCCGCUUGGUUGCUAUAACCGGACGUGUUCAAAAGGUAAGGGAUGAAUUAGAAAACUUGCUAGAUGAUGAAGAAGAUAUGGCUGAAAUGUAUUUGACAGAAAAGUUGGUUCAUCAAAACCUAGAAGAUUCUUCUGAUUCCUCAAUGAAUGAGAUAGAUGAAAUGGUUGAUGAAGCCUCUCAAUCAGAUAUGCAUGAUAGGAUGAUGCCUCCCGAAAUAUCUUUGCAAACUGGUGGGUGUUCCAAUGUUUACAAAGGUGGACAUAACCCUGACAACCCUGGUGGGAACCGCACUAGCACUAGUCACAGUGGUGGGAACAAGAACCUUGAUGUAAAGGAGCUUGAAAUGGUCUUGGAGUCAUAUUUUGUGCAAAUUGACGGUACACUAAACAAAUUAACCACGCUGAGGGAGUACGUAGACGACACAGAGGACUACAUCAACAUAAUGCUGGACGACAAACAGAACCAUCUCCUGCAAAUGGGGGUCAUGUUAUCAACAGCAACUCUUGUGCUGAGUUCCUUUGUUGUUGUGGCUGGCAUUAUGGGAAUGAACAUCAGAAUAGAGUUGUUCGAGGAUCAGGUAUUAGGGCCAAAAAAGUUCAUGUGGACUAUUGGGGGAAGCACUGCUGGAAGCAUAUUCUUAUAUGUCUUUGCUAUUGCCUUGUAUAAACGCAAGAGAUUGCUAGAAUGGUGAAGAGAGAUAGGCCAUCAAUUUCAUGCAUCUUUGUGCCGGUCCUGCUGGACAAUACUAUAUAGAGAACCAAAAAAUCUGUACCCUUGCUGUGUUUUUGUGGUCACUGGUCUUUUAGCAUGAAUAUCAAAAUCGAGCUGUUGGCUGUGGAGAGAUCAGGGAUGCUACAGUUCCUGUGGACUGUAUGUAACUGAGCUGCAUUUAUUUUGCACAGACAACUACAACUUUCUACA